CCGCGAAGCACCAACAAGUCCCGCAACAAUGGGAAGGCGAAAUCCGCAUCGCAGGCCGGAAAUGGACAGCCAGGACAGUUUCCAUGGGUCAAGUUUGGCUUGACCAAGGCGGAGUACAAGGUCCGCGGCCGCUACGGCAACUGCUAUUGGUGCAACAGCACCAAGCACAAGACCUCCCUGUGCCAAGAUCAGGGCAAGGAGGAUGUGCGACCCUGCCUAAGCUCGGGAUACUGAGCUUCGCGGAAGGUGAGGCGACUACACCUUCCACUCCGCCAGAUUCGGCCGCCUUGCUAGCAGCCUCCUGCACAUCUGGGGAGAACGCGAAUGUUGCAAGUUCUCGUUACAAUUACGAGGACUAUGUUGUCUACUUGGUUCCACCGCUGGACCAGCCGCUCCACGUGCAACAGUCCACCGCAUGCACAGUUUCAUCACCAUCGGCAACCGAUUUGGCACCUUCGCCUCAAUCUAUCGCCAGGGAUUCGACGUCAUGGUCAAGACUUGAAGUGCUCGACCCUCUGACGUUCACGGACUUCCAGUGGAUGCCCGUUCCCUCGACCGGACGAUUGUCGAAACCGCAUUGCAAUGUGCUCAUGGCACAAUUGCGGGACUACUUGCACACUGCAGUACUAGCUCCGUUGAUGGACGACGGAGUAGAGGUUGUCAACCUUCACGAUUACAUCGCGAAGAUUGACCACGAGUUCAAGACGCAAUGGUACGACGACAUCGACGCACCAUUGCUAUACAUACGCAUUCAGAUCGGUGAGGCGACCAGCAGUGCCUUGAUCGAUUGCGGGGCAUCUCGCAACUACAUUAGCCAGGACUUCAUGGUGCGCGUCGGCCUUGGCCCACGUGUCCGGAGGAAGUCCCAGCCUACGCAAGUCACGUUGGCAGACGGUCAUACGCACAAGUCAAUCGACCGAUGCAUUGACGCCGUCCCCGUGUACUUUGCCCCUCGCGCAAGUGAGGCGGUGUCCUUCGACAUUCUGGACACCAAAUUCGACAUGAUCUUGGGCAUGUCAUGGCUGCGAAGCGAGGAUCACCCGGUGAACUUCUUCCACCGCACCGUUCACAUUCGUGAUCGGAACGGGGUACUAGUUCCAUGCACGGUGCCUCUUCCUCAUCCUUCGAUCAGCUGCCACGUGGCAUCCGCCGCAAGCAUGCGAGCUUCCAUCAUCAGAGACGACAUCGAGGAGAUGGGGGUUUGUUUUCUCCACGCCAUCCCGCCCCAUGACGCUUCAUCGACGGACUCACCUUCGGAUCCACGCAUCACCGAGCUUCUCGACGCUUACAGCGACGUGUUCGAAGGCCCACACGGAGUAGUACCGGAUCGACCCAUCCGCCACGAGAUCAUCCUCGAGGACGGGGCCGUACCUCCGCGCGGUUGCAUCUACCGAAUGAGCGAGGCUGGAUUCGGCCUAGCUAAUCUCCAUACGACGAUCAGGAACGCCGUCCCUCUCCCACACAUCGAUGACCUUCUCGAACGAUUGGGCGACGCCCAACUCUUCUCUAAGUUGGAUCUCAAGUCAGGGUACCACCAACUCGAGAUUCACAAGGAGGAUCGCUACAAGACCGCGUUCAAGACACGGUAUGGGCAUUUCGAAUGGCUGGUCAUGCCAUUUGGCCUUACGAAAGCCCCAACCACUUUCCAAGCGGCUAUGACRACGGAGUYCCGACACAUGCUGGAUCGUUUCGUACUUAUCUACCUCGAYGAYAUUCUGGUYUACAGCCGGAGUCUGGACRAGCAUGUGGARCACCUGCGCACCGUUUUGGAGYGGCUACGACAGRCCAAGUACAAAGCAARCCGYGACAAGUGCGAGUUCGCACAGCAGGAGCGGGAGUACUUGGGACACUAUGUGACGCCGCAAGGCAUCCGUCCGCUUGCGGACAAGAUCGAGGCCCUACGAGUAUGGCCCGAGCCCACCAACACCACGUGCGUUCGUUCAUUCAUGGGAUUGGCGGGCUACUAUCAGCGAUUCAUCACCGGAUACUCCAGGAUUGCUGCACCUAUGACGAGGUUACAGUUGCCUAAGGUGCCAUUCGUAUUCGAUGACGACGCACGCCGUUCAUUCCAAGCACUUAAGACGACUAUGCUCAUGGCACCCGUCCUUAGCAUCUAUGACCCCACCCUGCCGACGCGAGUGACUACGGACGCUUCCGGCUAUGGCAUUAGGGCAGUCUUGGAACAACACGACGGCGACGACUGGCACCCUAUGGAGUAUUUCAGCCACAAAGUGUCUCCCAUCAACUCGCUUGAUGAUGCAAGGAAGAAGGAGCUGCUCGCAUUCAAUUCCGCUUUGGCCAUGGCGACCUUGAACGCGUUCCUCUGCGUAGGUCUGGGUUCUGGGAUGGGCCUGGUUGUUGGGAUCCCUUCCGCCCGCUGGUCGUCGACGCAGCCCGUCGCUCCUGCGUCUGGGACUCCCUUCGUCAGCGAACUACACACGUCAGGCGAUCGGGAUCUCCCUGUCAACAGUGAGGAAGGCAAACCGGGACUCGAGACCGCCAUAGCCAUCCUCAACGUCGGCUACAUUGCCAAGCCGCUGGCCCGCCGCACUGGCACGGUGAACGAUGAUCAUGAUGUCCACCGCCAUGGCCAACGGCGAGAGCUGGGAAAGGACUCCCAAGCCACCGGUGCAAUUUUCUUCGAAGCAACGGCUCCGCGUCGACGAGCAGCUGGAGGUAGGCCUGCAGAUGGAAAAAGGGGUGAAGGGGUUUCUCUCUCCCUGAAGAGGCUCUUGAGCGUCCCGCGGAGUGUGAUCAGCCGCAGCUGGUCAAGUCGAGUAUCCGACAUCAUGAUGAUGAUGAUGACGAUGAUGGUGAUCGUCGCCACGUCCGCUGGCUCUCCCACCUCCCACAGCUCUUUCUCCACCACCUCCCACAGCUCCUCGAGCAGCUCCAUGGCUACGUCGUCCUCUUCGUCAGACUGUGAAUCCUCCUCCUCCACAUGCUUCAUCCCUCCUGAGAGGGGGCAGAGGACAGCGCGGCGACUACUCCGUGUGGACAAACUCCUUCAGGAGUGGGGGCCACCUUCCGACAAUUCGCAUUCCCACAACGUGUCAGAUUUUAACGAUGGCCCUUCACCGGCGACCGUUUUCUUUGGUUUCGGUGCUGCAACGGUUGCUUGCUUUGUACUUGGCCUUAUCAUUAGAUUCUAUUGCCCUGCAUGCAGUCCAGGAGGAGGAAGCGGAGGAGGAGGACAUGGAGGAGGAGGAAGUGGAGAUGGAGGUUUCUGGGGAGAUGGAGGUUUCUGGGGAGAUGGAGGUUUCUGGGGAGAUGGAGGUUUCUGGGGAGAUGGAGGUUUCUGGGGAGAUGGAGGUUUCUGGGGAGAUGGAGGUUUCUGGGGAGAUGGAGGUUUCUGGGGAGAUGGAGGUUUCUGGGGAGAUGGAGGUUUCUGGGGAGAUGGAGGUUUCUGGGGAGAUGGAGGUUUCUGGGGAGAUGGAGGUUUCUGGGGAGAUGGAGGUUUCUGGGGAGAUGGAGGUUUCUGGGGAGGAGGUGGAGGUGGCGGGGGGAGCUGUGGCGAUGGAGGUGGAGGUCGAGGUGUAGUUACAGGUGUAGUUGGAGCUGUAGUUGGAGCUGUAGUUGGAGGUGGAGGUGGAGGUGGAGGUGGAGGUGGGUGUUGAAGUGGAGGCCGCUUUUGAAGGGGGUAGCGAAUGAGGUACAGAGGCUGACGGAUGAAGCGAGAUCGGCGGCCGGAGCUCGUCAGGCGGCUCUCCCGGGUGCUGCACGGAUGGACGCACUGCCAAUCUUCCAGAGAGGCGAGCCCCAGGGCCCGCACCAACUUCACCUGCAUCUCAGACCGGUGUCAAUCUUACGAUGGCGAGCGUUAAUAUAAUAGGAAGGGUAAUAACACGUGCAGCAUUACGGGAAAGAGGGAGCUUGAGAGAUGGGAAGACCAAAGGUACAGCGGCUACAGCCCGGGAAACCGAAAGGAGGAAGUGAACACUCUGUACUGAAAUGAUGAUGAAAUGAUGUGUCGGAGGGACGCUGGACCCGCCGGUUGACAGCAGAUAGAUGGAGUAGUCCCGUAGCCAAGACUUCAAUCCCGGCGGUUCUCUUACCACCAUAGGGAUAGAGGCUUUGUGAUAGGGCUUUCGGAAAAAAACAAACAAAAAAAAAACAGAUCGCGUUGCCCCUAACAGAUAUGUUACGCUGCAAGAUGCAGGCAAGCUGGCCAUGAGUGUCAUUCUUGAGUGCGCAGGGGCCAUGCUAAUCUUCUUCUCUCUCUGUCUGUGUGGUUCCAAGUUUAACAGAUAGGUGAGUGAUAGUCUAGUUUGAUUUUGGUUAAGGUAGAUUAUCAUUUACAGUUGAGGGUUCAGCCUCCUGAUGAGUCGGUGAAACUCCGACGAAACAGGUUGUCAAAGCCCCUCGUUUGUUGUCCUCUUCUCUCUCUCUGCCUACGGUUUACCGGGCAGUUCUGUUUGUGACGAUAUAUAGUAGCGCAGCACAGCUAUGGUGCAGCCACUUUUUCGUUUGGCGAUUUGAUUAUGUGUGAUGACGAGUGUGGAUGGUUCUCCAUUCUCCUUGUGGCUUUAGGAAUGAUGACCGUCGUUUCAAGUUGAACUUCAUCUAGCAGCCAUGUAGUUUAGCUAGAGAUUUUUCGUUUUGUUACUUUGUUACUUUCCGGAAUUGACAUGGGGCGAACUGUAUGGAUUAGGGCACAACUUCCGCUGAAAGUUAUACCCUUCCUCUCGGGGAGAGAGAGAGAGAGAGAGAGAGAGAGAGAGAGAGAGAGAGAGAGAGUGUAUAGCGGCCGUUAAUUGCGAU